UUUAUAUCUGGUCGUCCUGGCAAACAGGUCCCACGCUGGUCUCUUCCCUUUUCUCCCUUUCCUUCCAUCUCUCUCUCCCCUUUCUCCUCCUCUAUCCUCCUUCUCUUUCCUUUUUUUCUCCAUAGCUAAUCCCCACUAAGGUAACUUUUCGCGAUUCUGCUGGCCAUUAUCUGCGAUUCGUCACCAGUCAAAUCAGAAACCGCAAGAUCUUUAAUUCGGGACUUCCACCGAGAACUGCAACAUGCUACCGAAGAUACGCGGGUCGACUUGGCUUCAGGUGUUGAUCACCUUGCUUAUCCCGACCGCGUACGCCCACUCUUGGGUGGAACAGCUCAUGGUAAUCGGUCCCAAUGGAACAUUUGUUGGCGCACCAGGGUAUCCACGAGGCAACGUCCUGCGUACUUCCCCUGGGUUUGGUGACCCUACAAUGACCUACCUGAUUCCCCCAAACGGUCGAGAAAUUGGCAGCGUGAUCCUCCCGACAGACAGACUCUGCAAGCCAACGCAACAGACGCGGAACCAGACACAAGGGAGUCCGAGGUUGCAAGCAAGCCCAGGUGCCGCCAUUGCACUCCGUUUUCAAGAAAAUGGCCAUGUGACACUCCCCUGGAAUCAGCCAGGAAAACCUAAGAAUCGUGGAACGGUAUAUGUCUACGGGACAACAGAACCAACGGACAACGAAACGCUCCUUGCAGUGCACAAGGUCUGGAACCGAGAUGGUACAGGAGGCGACAAACGGGGUGUUCUGCUGUCGGUACAGAACUUUGACGAUGGCCGCUGCUACCAGAUCAAUAAUGGCAACAUCUCAGAAGCCCGCCAGUCUGAAUUCCCGCACGUCGCCGAUAAAUUGAUGGGAGCUGAUCUCUGGUGUCAACAAGACAUUGCAUUGCCUUCAAAUAUAUCUGUUGGGAAGCCUUAUACCCUAUACUGGGUUUGGGAUUGGCCCACAUUGCCACAUAUCGACCCAACCCUGCCAAACGGGAAACCGGAGAUCUAUACAACGUGUAUCGACGUGGACGUGAUCGACAAUAAGAACACCAGCGACACUCUAUCAACCGGCUAUGUCAAUGACCAGUCUCUAAACAAUGCCGCCAUUCCGUCCCAGUUCGCGGGGCUGUAUAACUCUGGUGGUUCUAAAGGCCCUGCAGCAAGCUCAACAGUAUCUCCGACAGUAACAAGUCCCACGCCGACAACGACCACUAGUUUCCUCCAAUCGACUCAGCCGUCAGGAUUUCUGACAAUAACUGUAACAGAGACGGCAUAUGUGACUCCGAGCUCGUGCUCUCUAGCACCUCAACAUACUUAUGGACCUCCACGGGAUCCGGAUCUGGGCCUUUCUAGACGGCACCGUCGACCCCAGCGACUGCCUCUGAGAGUCGGGAUUAGGAGACAUUACCCAGUCCAACAUUGAGGACAGAAUAUGAGAUACGGGCAACAUCGCUGUGGAUAGUUUCGGAGGGUCUUCGUGGUUCGAGCAGGUCUCACCCAUACGGUGUUGUCUGGUGGCGUUGGCUAUUGGCCUUUUUUCCUUGCCAUGACAAUGUAUUUGAACGGUAGAUUAUUAUGCCAUCUCCGUGAAAAUUAGGCAGCAAUGCAUCAGAUAAAAGCAUCUCCUACAGACUAGUUUAAAUGUACGUACCUGGGUAUACUUAUUACUCCGUCUCGUUCCCAGAAUAGAACAAUCACAUGAUUGAGCCGG